UAAAAUGGACCAUUUUCAGUACUUUAGUGGUGGAGCGGGUCGGAGCGGAUCGUCGAGGUCGAGACCUGCCGCCUUCCUCCUCUCGUCCCAAGUGCCGAUGGGAACGAGCACCACGGCCACCUCCUCUACGGCCGCCGGCGGUGGAUUUGGCGGGCGGCUGUGCCUUCCUUCCCGAGCCCCGAUCGCGUUCGUGGGUCUUUGGGCCUGGGCCACUGGCCCCGUUCGGGGACCGGCCGAACGGGCAGGACAUGUGUCCGCGGCGGCGGCGGCAUCCUCUCGGAGAGAGGACAGAAGGGGUGAGCAGGACCACUACGAGGUCCUCGGUCUUCCUCGGAGCGCCUCCAACACCGAGAUUAAGCGGGCGUACCGCCUCCUUGCUAGAAAGUAUCAUCCUGAUGUUAACAAGAACUUGCAAGCUGGUGAGGUUUUUAAAAGCAUCCGUUAUGCAUAUGAGGAGCUGUCGGAUGAAGACUCAAGGGCUCGAUAUGACAUGAAACUGAGAUUUGUUGGGCAUACAGAGAGAACAUGGCGAAGAAAUAAAACGCAGAAUUUUGAGGAUGAUGAAAGGAAAAGGAUCCGCAGAUGGGCAGAAUUGAAGCAACGGAUGUGGAAUGAGAGGCAGAACAAGGCAUACUCCCAGUAUUCUAAGAGAGAGCGAAACCAAGAAUCUUCACAUUACGAGAGGAGUCCAUUCAUCGGAGUGUUAAGAUUCACUGUCCUCAUCCUCUUCUUGAUGAAGACAAUUGGGUACCAAGCAUCGCUUACAAUCUGUAGCUCCAUUGCCUUUCUAGACAAUCGGUUGGAUGCUGGAUACAAGAUGGGUUACCUGAUCGCUUGGUUUAUGGGAGGCCAAGCCGGUAUCAUGCUCUCCAUAUUCAUCUGUUUUGCGAGUUGGCUGUGUGGGAAAAACAGCAGUAACCUCGUCGCGGUGGUCGUGAUAGCAAUGUGGAUCGGGUCUAAUCUUGCCAGAGUUACUCCCCUUCCUCAGGGUGCAGUACUUGCCUUGCUGUACAUGUCUGUCAAAUUUCAGGCUGAUCUAAAAUGAGCUCUAUUCCAUUGUGGCCACUUGAUUCUUUUGAUUUCCAGCGCUGGUCGUGGUUUACCUCUGUAAAUAUUGCUGUGUUAUGCUUUCUCCAGAUGGAUGCCAGUCAAUGUAAUGACUAAGUGUUACUAUUAAUAGUAUCGAAUAGUGCAUUAUUUUGGGAUAGGGCAAAAGCUGAAGGACGCCAUAAAUUAUGUAAAAUGUUUAUUAAAAAAAAAGUCAAAGAUGUCUAAUUAGAUAUUUUAUUCCAAA